AUGACUGUUGCUGUAGAGAAUGUGGAUUCAGUGGUCUUCACCUGUAAUACCAAUGAAACCAACAUCACAGUCCUCUGGUACGAGGGAGGUCAGCUGCUGCAUGGGGGAGGGCGGCUGGAGCUGUCCAGCAACAACAGGACCCUCACCAUCCGGCUGGUGAGGCGAGGGGACCAGGGCAUAUACUUCUGCAGAGUGUGGAAUGAGUUUGGCUACCAGACAAGUGAGAUCAUCCAACUGACUGUGCUCUACGGACCUGGAUCGGUGGUGACAUCCUCAUAUCCAAAAGCGAAUAAAGGCACUAUUGUGAGUGACCUCAACUACUCUGUGGUCCUGCAAUGUUUGGCUACAGCAAACCCCAGACCACUGAUCUCCUGGUCCCUUAAUGGCAAUGUGUGUGGAAGCCGUGACAAGUAUAUUAUCCAGAGACUGGCCCAGAAGGACCUGGGAAACUACACGUGCACCGCUCAGAACAGUGUGGGCCUCAUGAUCUCCAGUCCCAUCCAAGUGCAGCUGCCCCAGCCCCUUUCAGAGGACACCGACACAGGGCCCAUCGAACCCGAUCCUGUCUACUCCCUCUCUGGAGGUCCUGCCAUCUGCCUGACCAUUGCAGGAAUUGUGGGAAUAAUCACCUUCAUCGGGGGCAUAGUGUACUCUGAACGGAAGAAGGAGGAAUUGUGGGUGUCCCUGAGCCUGGAAGCCCUUCAGCCCAGGAGGUAA